AUGGCUCCCACUCUGAAGGCAUUUGCAGCUAACCUCCUGGCACUCACGGGCUUCGCUAGAAAAAGCGUUACCGAGGAACCCACUGAGACUGAUGUCGACUGGAUCAAUUAUCACUCCAACACCACUUACAACCUCACUGAGCUCAUUAGCCCCUUGGAAUGGGGACAAUUGAACUUCAUCCACACCACCGACACUCAUGGUUGGUUGGAGGGCCAUCUGGGCGACGACCGCUACAAGGCCGAUUUCGGUGAGUUCAAGUCGUUUGUUGAACGCAUGAAGGCAAUUGCUGCCGAAAAGGAUGUUGAUCUGUACAUUGUCGACACUGGUGACUUGCACGACGGUACCGGUUUCUCUGAUGUUACUUCACCCGAUGGUUUGUACACAGACGAGAUUUUCAAGGCUCUUCCCUUCGAUCUCUUGACUAUUGGUAACCAUGAGCUUUACAAGGCUGACGUCUCUCGUCACACCUACAACACCUUUGUGCCUCACUGGAACGGUCAUUAUAUUACUACGAACGUUGACAUUUACGACACCAACACUGGUAGCCUGGUGCCCUUCGGUAAGCGUUAUUACCACUUUACCACUGCUCACGGUGUGCGUGUUCUUGUGCUCGGUUUCCUUUUCGACUUCACUGGUAACAGCAAUGCUACUGUUAUUACCAAGGUUGAAGACACUAUCCAGACCGAAUGGUACCAACACCAAAUUCGCCGCCAAGAUGUAGAUUUGUUCUUGGUUUUGGGUCACAUUCCUAUCCGUGACUGGAACGAGUGGAAGGCCAUCCAUGCUUCCAUUCGUGCUGUCCACCCCAACACCCCUAUUCAAAUCUUUGGUGGUCAUUCUCAUGUCCGUGAUUUCACCGUUUUCGACAAUGCCUCCGUUGCUUUGGAGUCUGGUCGUUACUGUGAGACUGUUGGCUGGCUCGCUAUUGACGGUAUCUCUUCCUCCAACGCUACCGUUCAAAACAUUGGCAAGACUGUUGCUAACAUUACUUCUCGUCAAAGCUACAGCAACGUCACCGGCUCGAACAUCACUCUUUCUUACUCUCGUCGCUACCUUGACUUCAACCGUGAGACCUUUAUGUUCCAUACGAACACUAACGACAGCACUUUCAACACUACUGCCGGUUACAAUCUUACCAAGCAAAUUACUGCUUACCGCAACAAGCUCAACAUCUCUGUUCCCUAUGGCUGCAGUCCUCAAAACUACUACAUGACUGAGGUUCCUCACAACUCCUCCUACAGUUUGUACAAGUUCUUCAAUGACGAGGUUUACCCGUCCAUCGUUGUGAACGAGGAGCGUGAUUCCUACCCUCAUGUUAUUCUUACCAUUGGCGGUGGAUUCCGUGGCAAUCUGUACAAGGGUGAGUUCAACACGGACACCAUGUACCAGGUUUCUCCCUACUCUACCAACUUCUUCAACUACAUUCCUAGUGUUCCUUACAAGUAUGCCAAGUAUGUGUACACUAGCUUGAACAACGGUCCCACUCUUAGAGCCGAUGCUUUGGAGGGCUUUUUCAUGACCCCUGGUUACACAACUUCUGAUGACUUGGGUGAAGACGGUGAUGACACGAGACACAUUGAGGUUCCUUACUACAAGUCCCCUAACGUUUUGUACAAGGAGAUCAGUUUCAACGGAACUGAGCCCGACUACGUUGAUCUUAUUUCCAUCAACUUCAUCCAAAAGAAGGUGACCAAUGCACUCAACGUCAUUGCCAACAAGACUCUGUACAAGGACAGCGACUGGAUGAGUUACUUUGUUCGUGAUGAUGGACGUGACUCUCUCACUGACCUUCUUCCCCUCUAUGCUCAGAAGUACUGGAACAAGACUUGCAGCAACUGAGCAGGUCGUAUGAAACAAUAAUCUCGAUGGUUUUUCUUCUCUGAAUAGACAUGAUAAAGUUUGUUGCACGGGCAAUCUCGGUGUUUAGGAUUUGCUUGAUGGGUUCUUAAGUUCUGCUAUCCUUUAUUGGGUUCCCUGUUUUUGAAAUUAUGUUUGGUAAUUAUGUUUACCGUUUUCUUUAUCACUUUCCUAAUAUUACUUUUUUUAUAUUAAUAUAUUACUAUGAUUUUUUUUUGGCAAA